CCAGUCAUUAGAUCAUUCAGGAAUAAUGAGAAAUAAAUACCUCAAAUGAAACUUGAGUUUCAGUAUUUGUCAACGGACGAUCCUGUGUUCGAAAUUCCAUAAAUCUUACAACAAUGAUUCGGGCCUUAAAUAGUUAAAUAUUCGAGAAUAUAAGUACAUCGCAUUAUGCGCAUCUGCGCAUGGGCCAACCAUCAGCGAUGUAUAGGGUAACUGAUGAAUGAGCAUGAGUUUACCGUGGCUUUCAUGUGGCUUUCGUCACAUUGGUUAGAUUCAGGUUAUGUUACUUUAUCCUCCAUGUGGUUCGUUGCUUGACAAAUUAUCAUCAUGACAGACUUAUUGCCAUUGCCACAAAAAAAAUAUUACAGACAACGUGCACACUCGAAUCCCAUAGCGGAUCAUUGUUUUGAAUACCCGAUCAAACCGGAGUUAAUGGACUGGAGCUCAUUAUACCCGUUUUAUUUCUCAUCUAGCGAAGAUUCCAAAGAAAAUAAAGUGAUGAACAAGCGUGUGGAAUUCGUAGAUGUUGGUUGUGGAUAUGGAGGAUUGUUAGUCACGUUAUCUCUUAUGUGCCCUGAUAAUUUAAUACUUGGCAUGGAGAUCAGAGUCAAAGUGUCUGACUAUGUGAUGGAUCGUAUAGCUGCACUAAGGUCACAAAAUCCUGGACAGUAUCAGAACAUCGCAUGCUUAAGAACUAAUGCAAUGAAGUACCUACCAAAUUAUUUUUACAAAGGCCAGUUGAAGAAGAUGUUUUUCUUAUAUCCUGAUCCACAUUUCAAGAAGUCUAAGCACAAAUGGAGAAUCAUAAACAAGACACUUUUAGCCGAGUAUGCUUACGUUUUGGCCGAAGGGGCGAUUGUAUAUACCGUGACGGAUGUUAAAGAUUUACAUGAGUGGAUGGUAACUCAUUUUCGGGAGCAUCCAUUAUUCGACGACAUGUCUAAAGAUGAACUGGACAGAGAUCCAAUAGUCGAGAAACUGUAUGAAAGCACAGAGGAGGGUAAGAAAGUGACGAGGAACAAGGGAGACAAGUUUUUAGCUGUAUUCAGGCGCAUUCCAGAUCCAUUUAAAGCGGAAAUUAGGUAAUGCUAAAUAUUUUGUAUAUAAAUAAAAGUAUUUUUUUUUAA